AUGAGAGUUCUUUUUGUCAUUGGGAUCAGCUUCCUCCAAUUUGUUUUUAUUUCCCAAGCAAAUUAUAUCCCUAAGAGAAGCGAGGAUAGUUUAAAGGGCUCUCAAGAAACUUUUAGCGAAGUUUCUAAAGAAAAAUCUGAAGGAUACAAUGAUUUUGUUGAAUCAAAAAAGAAUGUUAGUCGCGUAUCUAGAGGAAACAAGGAACAAACAGGGAGAGUCAAAAACACAACGAAGGUUAAUCCAAUAACGAAGUCUAAAGCGACUCUAGUAAAGAAGCCCAUUCCGAAGUUUGCAGAGAGCGAUGAAGAUUAUCAAGCAAAAGCCAGGUUUCCAAACAAAUUCACAGACUCCGUGGAACAUGAAGAUGAAGAUUUUAAUCUCGACGACUACGAGUUUGAUGUGAAUCACGACGAAUUUUCAAGCGGCGGUAAACCUUUGGAACCACGAAAGAAAAAUAAAAUCGCUAAACCCAGAGUUCAGUUGGAACAGUCUCCAGCGAAACUGGAAUCGAAAUUAAAGUCCGAAACAAGCCAGAGAAAAGUGGUAAUACCUCGUAACGUAGAUAAGGUGAAUUAUAAACUCACGAGAAAAUCGGUAUACAAGUUGAAAGAAGAAGAGUAUGAUGAUGAAUUUUCCACAAGCACUAAAGAACCAACAUCUACUAAAUCUUCUACGACCGAGGAUGAUCAAAGCGAAGAAGGCGAUGAAAGCAAGGAAUAUAUGCAAAAGGGUUCAGCUAGAAUAAUCAGAUCUCCACUGAGUUUCGGUACAUACGUCAAUAAAUGGGGAGAGAAAACAUCACAUUUAAUGAACAAAAUAUUAACCUACCUGCCACUAUUCCCACAGGUUCACAUGCCCAAGAAAAUAGAAGAAAAUGAUAUGGAGAUGAACCCUAUGGAUGAUCAGUGGAGUAGAAAAGUUAGUGUGUGA